AUGUCCCCCCUGCAGUGGGUCACAGCCUGGCUGCUCCUGCUACACGGCUUUGCCAUGGGCCAGCCAUCCCAGACUGCCUCUGCCAGGACUGACAUCAGGGACUGCUCCAUGGACCCACCGUACCUGCCCCCUACGGCCACCAACACCACGGCACGGCUGGCUGCUCUGCGUGCCACCAUGCGAGCCCGCGGUGUUGACGCCUACAUCGUGCCCUCCACGGACGCCCACAUGAGUGAGUACAUCGCGGAGCGGGACGCGCGGCUGGGCUGGCUCACCGGCUUCACCGGCUCGGCAGGCACCGUGGUGGUGACACAGGACAAGGCUGCACUGUGGACCGACAGCCGUUACUGGACCCAGGCAGAGAGGCAGCUGGACUGCAACUGGGAGCUGCAGAGGACAACCUGGAUUCAGUCCAUCGGGCUGUGGAUCGUUGAGGCAGUUCCCGAGAGGGGCAUCGUCAGCCUGGACCCCUUCCUCUUCUCCAUCGACACCUGGGACAGCUACAGCGAGGCUCUGCAGGGCUCCGGCAGGACCCUGCUGCCCCUGGAGACCAACCUCGUGGAUGAGGUGUGGGGUGACCAGAGACCUCCUGUAGCCUCCAGCGAGAUUUACAGCCUGCCGACAGCCUUCACAGGGAGCAGCUGGCAGGAGAAGGUGGCAGGGAUCAGGCAGCAGAUGGAGCAGCACAGUCGGCACCCCACGGCCGUGCUGCUGUCGGGGCUGGAGGAGACGGCCUGGCUCUUCAACCUCCGUGGAGAUGACAUCCCCUACAACCCUGUCUUCUACUCCUACACCCUGCUGACCCACACCAGCAUAAGCCUGUUCGUGGAUGAGGCACGGCUGUCAGCGUCAGCAAGGGAGUCCCUGCAGGCAGAGUGCCCAGGGAAACUCUGUGUGGAGCUGCUGGGCUACGGGGAGGCACGUGCCCACCUCCACCGCUAUGCCCAGGGCAACGUCAUCAUCUGGCUGGGCACCGAAUACACCAACUAUGGCCUCUACAAUGCUACCCCCCAGGAGAAGCUGCUGGAGGAGACUUACUCACCUGUCAUGCUGGCCAAGGCAGUGAAGAACACCAAGGAGCAGGACCUGCUGCGAGCUGCCCAUGUUCGGGACGCGGUGGCUGUCAUCCAGUACCUGCUAUGGCUGGAGAAGAUGGUCCCACAGGGGAUGGUGGAUGAGUUUUCAGGGGCACAGCAUAUCGAUGCCCUUCGCAAGGCACAGCAACACAACCGUGGACCCAGCUUCCAGUCCAUCUCUGCCAGCGGGCUCAACGCAGCACUGGCACACUACAGCCCCUCCAAUGGGAGCAGCAGGAAGCUGUCUGUGGAUGAGAUGUACCUGGCAGACACAGGGGGACAAUAUCUGGACGGAACAACAGACAUCACCCGGACAGUGCACUGGGGUGUGCCCACCCCACUCCAGAAGGAAGCCUACACCCGUGUGCUGAUGGGCAGCAUCGACCUAUCCCGCCUGGUCUUCCCACCCAGCACGGCAGGGAGAAACGUGGAGUCCUUUGCCCGCCGAGCGCUCUGGGACGUGGGGCUCAACUAUGGGCAUGGGACCGGCCACGGCGUUGGCAACUUCCUCUCAGUCCACGAGUGGCCCGUGGGCUUCCAGUCUAACAAUGUGCCACUGACAGCUGGCAUGUUCACCUCCAUCGAGCCUGGGUACUACCAGGAUGGAGAGUUCGGGAUCCGCAUUGAGGACGUCGCCCUCGUGGUGGAAGCACAGACCAAGCACCAGACUGGAGAGAAGCCCUUCCUGACCUUUGAGGUGGUGUCCCUGGUGCCCUAUGACCGCAACCUCAUUGACCUCAGCCUCCUGUCACUGGAGCAGAUCCAGUACCUCAAUGCCUACUAUGAGACCAUCCGGGCACGCGUGGGGCCGGAGCUGCUGCGACAGCAGCUGCAUGAGGAGCACGAGUGGCUGCAGAGGAACACUGAGCCCUUCCCACUGGGCAAUGGCACCACCAAUGCUGCCACUACAGCCACCACCAUGGUGGGCACACUGGCCCUGGCAUCCCUGCUCGGGGUGCUGCUGCCCACGCUGCAGGCCUGA